AUGAAUAAUCAGUACACUGCGCUAUUCAAGCAACUUACAAACUACACAGCUAGUGAUGCCCAAGAUCCAAAAGAGCAACCAGAUAAUGCUAAACUCUGGGAGAUGCUUCUUGACGUCGCUUCCCAAUCAGAUAAUCUCCAGAUCUACUUCGAAGUCUUCUCUCACUACUUAAACCUUGUCCCAGAAUUCCGCUCAACCCCAUGCCAGAGACUUCUUGAUACAAUGGCAAAGGGUGCUGAUAAGUCCAUCAAGGCUGAAGAGCGUGCCAAGAUUGUUUUACCACUUUUCAUUGCUCUUCCAUUCACAACAUGCGAAAAUGCCGUCCAAAUCAUCAAAUCAGCCAUCGCCAUCGCUGAUGAUCUCAUGAAGGAGAAGAACGACAUUCCAACUCAGUACAUUGAGAACUUCGAUGACAUCUUACUUGACGCUAUCGAAGUUGACUACGUCCCAGAAAUCCUCAAGGCAUUCAAGGAUUCAAUCGAAGGAGACAUGUUCGUUGCUGGCCUCCUUUGCUUUGCUCCAGUCGUUGCAGAUGCCUGCAGAAUGGCCCCAGAGAUGAUUUCAGACUACAUCGCCUACAUCGCAAAGGCAUUUGAAGGUGAACUCUUAUCCAAGGCUGCUGGCUGCCGUUUCAUCGACUUCCUUUGCGACUACUUCAUGGAUGAUAUGGAAGUUUGCCCACCAUUACAGCAACUUCUUGAUUUUGUCCUCCCAUUAAUGAACGAGUCCAACAUUAACUGCGUCAAGAUUGCUUACCACGCCCUUUGCGCUAUGGUCGAUGCCCAUGUCUUCCCAGAAGAAGAUGUUGACGCAAUCCUUGCCUUAUUGGACAAGUUUACAACACCAACCGCUUACAAGUACUUCUUCAAGAUCCUCCGCAUCAUCCUUUCACCAGAUGAUGAUUCAUGCGAUUGCGGAGACGAAUGCUGCGAACAUCACCAUGAUGAUGACGGAGAACACGUCAAUCUUCAGACAGUUCAGAAGCUUCUUACAUUCUCUGUCGAGACAAUCAAGAGCGACAAGAGCAACCUCAUCAAAUCCCACUGCUUCGACCUUCUUGCCGAUAUUGCUUCUCUUGACAAGGAUUACAUCGAAGAUUCCUACCAAGAAGUCUUCGCUGUUGCCAAGAAGUUCAUCGAUGAGAACCAAUACGAAACAUACCCAUGGAUCACCGCAUUCCACAUCAUCGGCCAAGAAUACUUCCCAAUGCAGACAAAGGAGAACGUCAAGCAGAUCAUCACAGCCGUUAUCUCCAACAUCAACAACGAAGCUGUCGGCGACAAGAAGCUCAGAUACAUCAUGUUCACAGAUGUCUGCCAUCUCAUUGGCAAAGGCGGCAGCGACGAACACAUCCAAGAAGCUACAAGAAUCGCUCUCGAAAUACUCAAUGAUUCAGACAUUAAGUUUGUCAGCCAUGGCUGUGCCGCCACAAUCUGCUUACUUCCAAAGCUUUCUCCAGAAUCCGCUGCCACAGCAUUCGAGACAGUUUCCACACGUGCCAAGCAGACAGAGAGCUCCGAGGAACUCAACCAGCUCAUGGAGACACUCAACCAACUCCUCGAGAAGUUCUCCAUUCCACACGAGAAAAUCGAACCACUUAUCAAGGCCAUUCUCACUGGCGACAUGAAGACACUCAACGGAAUGAAGCCAGUCGACAUCAUCCCAUCCGAUGGCUCAUACUUUGUCUUCCUUGCCUCAUACAUCCGCAAGUACCCACUUCCAGGUGCAGAAGUCUGCAACACACUCAUCCAGUGGCUUGAAGCAAAUGUUGAAGAUUCCAUCGAAAUGGUUCUUGAGCCACUCUCCGCCGGUGUUGAAGCAUGCGCUGUCAAGGAAGAUGGUGCAAAGAAGAUUGUCUCCAUCAUCAAGGAAUACAUCAGCAAGCUCUCUCCACACGAGAUCUCCAUUGUUGAACCAGCCCUCGACUGCCUCACAGCAAUCAACCAGUCAUAUCCAUCAACACUCAAACCAGUCGAUGACAUCUUCAACUACCUCACAGAGGCUGUCCAGCAUCUCGCCGAGACUGGUGAAGAGGAAGACUUCGAGUACGAAGGUGUCCAGGCAAUGCCAACUGUCGCUAAGUUUGUCUUCAACGUUUACGCAAAUGAUGCUGAAGUUGAAGUAAAUGAGGACUUACUUGGCUCCCUUGUCUCUAUGAUGCCAUUCACACCAGAAUUCGAAGGAACAAGCGAAUUACUCCAGUGCCUCGUUGACAUGUUAUCUGACCAGGAAAGAUUUGAGUCAAUUGUCUUAGUAACAUUGAAGAUGUUCACAGAACUCUUACUCCUCAAGAAGACAGAACUCCAGGAAUUCAACAUCGAUGACGAAGUUCUCAAGGCUAUGAAGGAUACACUCAAGCAGAUUUGCAAGAAGAAACCAGCUAUCGCUAAGCAAAUCACUAAGGAAUUCCAGUCUUCCCGCAGCAAGGUCAACCGUUUCAACACUCUCAUCCGCUAA